AUGGACAAGCUCCCGCAAGAAGCAGUUGACGCCAUCGCGGCCUACCUGUUCCCAUUCCUGGCAGCGGAACGUGAAGCCAACAGCGUUUGGUUUUCUUUCGGUGACUCGCCGCAAAGGCGGAAUUCGUUCAGCGCAGGCCCCUACGCCACAAUAUCAGCGUCGUGGCAGCGCGCGGUUGAGUCCCUGACCUUCCACAAGCUAACGCUCCUCACGCGAGCUGACGUCUUCUACGCAGAGGAGUGUCUGAGAGGCAACACACAUCGCCGGUCGCGCGUCUUCUACAUCAGAUACGACAUCAACAUCGAGUGGUCAGCGAGAACAGCGCACCUAUACACCUGGAGAGACCAUCAGAUUGCAUAUGAGUUUCGCAAGAUGAUUGAGUUCAUCAACCGCUUGUGGCCAGCCACCACCGACCCUGCCCUCCCAGUCUCUCCUCUUGGCCUCCUUGUCAACCUAGCCGGAAUGAAUCAAUGGGGCGACGUGAAUGAAGACCUGGAACGUGGUCUCACUGAAGCACCAUCAAGGAUGAAGGAGCUACCAGCGUGCCCGGCAGUGACCUCUCUCGACAUUAUGUACGAGAAGAACACAAACACCCGGGGGGUGUGGAGACCGGGAGUUGAUACCUAUCAUGGUAUAGGAACAACGAGCGUUCGGCCUACAUGGCUCGUGGAGAUUGCGCCCAAGUUUCCUUCCCUUCGCAAGGGAGCUUGA